CCCACCCCGGCACCCCUGGGGGCUGGGGAGGGGGCGGUGAGGGGGUCCUUCGCCACCCGCACGGCCUCCGGGGCUGGGACACCCAGAUUGGACCGGGCCGCGGGGACCCAACAUGAACCGCAGAGACAGCAAAAGGAAGUCGCAGCUAGAAUGCCAGGGACCAGGCAUGUCCGCGACCCUGGGGGCGGUGGGGAAGGGGCGGCUGAGGCAGAAUCGGAGACGCAUGACGUGCCCCAACCCCCGGGAGAUCACCAAGGUCAUGGCCACCAUGGUGCUGGGGCCCGUCAGCAAAGGCUGCAGUCUGGACGAGCUGCUGGAGAAAUGCAUCCUCUCCUUCGACCCGGAUGGCAGCCUGUGCUGCAGCGACAACACGGUCAACAUGGCACUGACCAUGCACAGCUGGGUCCUGCCCUCCGCCGAAUUUGCCCGCCGCCUGCUCGCCCUAUACCAGGAAGCCACUGGGGAGAAACAGGGGCAGAGACGCCUGCGGAUCUGUAAUUUAAUAAGGUACUGGGUCAACCACUUCCCGGAGGCCUUCCGCCUGGAGCCCCAGCUGGACGAGGUGGUCGGCGGCUUCUGGAACGCCGUGAGGCUCGAGGGCGACGCGGCCCAGCGCCGGCUGAUGGACUCCGCCAACCUCCUGAGCCCCGAGGACCCCCAGCAGCCCCAGCAGCUGAGCAGCCCGAGCUGCGGGAAGAAGCGCAAGGUUUCUCUGCUCUUUGACCACCUGGAGACGGGGGAACUGGCCGAGCACCUGACCUAUCUGGAGUUCAAGGCCUUCUGCGGCAUCACCGCGUCGGAGCUGCGGAGCUAUGUGCUGCAGGGCUCGGUGCGGGAAAACCCGGCGCUGGAGCGCUCCGUGGCCCUGUGCAACAGCGUGUCGCAGUGGGUGCAGGUCAUGGUGCUCAGCAGGCCCACGCCGCAGCAGCGGGCGGAGGUGCUCACCAAGUUCAUCCACGUGGCCCAGAAGCUCCGGCAGCUGCACAACUUCAACACGCUGAUGGCGGUGACGGGGGGCCUGUGCCACAGCGCCAUCUCCCGCCUCAAGGACUCGCACGCCCUGCUCAGCCCCGACAGCACCAAGACGCUCCUGGAGCUGGCAGAGCUGCUGGCAUCGGGCGGCAACUACGGGCAGUACCGCCGGGCCUUCGGCGAGUGCGGGGGGUUCAAGCUGCCCGUGUUGGGGGUCCACCUCAAAGACCUGGUGUCCCUGCACGAGGCCCUGCCCGACCGGCUGCCCGACGGGCGGCUCCACCUGCCCAAGCUGCAGGGCCUGUAUCGGAGGCUGCAGGAGCUGCAGGAGCUGCAGCGCCAGUGCCCGCCCUGCAGCGCCAACAAGGACCUGCUGCAUCUGCUCACGCUGUCUCUGGACCUGUUCUACACGGAGGACGAGAUCUACGAAUUGUCCUACGCUCGGGAGCCUCGUAACCCCAAAAGCCUGCCGCCCACCCCCUUCAAGCCUCCCCUGGUGGUGGAGUGGGCCCCCGGGGUGACCCCCAAACCGGACCGGGACACCCUCAGCCGCCACGUGGAGCAGCUGGUGGAGUCGGUUUUCAAAAACUACGACCCCGAAGGCAGAGGCUACGUGUCCCGGGACGACUUUGAGUGCAUCGCCGCCAGCUUCCCCUUCGCCUGCCACGACCUGCACCGGGCCCCGCACCGGCACGCCGGGCCUUUCAGCCGCGAAGAGCUGACCGGCUACUUCCUCAAGGCCAGCGCCAUCUGUGCCAAGCUGGGCCUGGGCUUCCUCCACGCCUUCCACGAGGUCACCUUCAAGAAGCCCACGUUCUGUGACAGCUGCAACGGCUUUCUCUGGGGUGUCAGCAAGCAGGGGUUCCGCUGCCGGGACUGCGGGCUGAGCUGCCACAGACAGUGCAAGGACCAGGUGGAGGUGGAAUGCAAGAAACAAGGCGGCAAGGGGGACGGCGGCCCAACGGGGUCCCUCACGCCGUACGCCCCCGUGGCCGGCUCCGGGUCGGAGGACGGCUUCUCCUUCCCCGCUUCGGGAGGGCCGGGCGGCGGCACGCAGACCCGGCACGCCUGGACCCAGACCGACCCGCUCCCACCCGGCUCCCCGCCACCUGAAGGCCACAGUGCCCAGCUGCUCCAACACAUGAAGGAUCUGGAGCAGGAGCGGGAGCGGCUGUUGUUGGAGAACAUGGGGCUGCGCUGCGCCAACGCCCACCUGGAGAGCGAGCGGAGUCGGCAGCGGGGUCCCGGGGAGCCGCCGCCGGCGGGCAGCCCGAACCCGGUGACGCUCAUCCUGGCCGACGUGGCAGGGGCGGGCCGAGGGGGCGGCGGACAGGAGCCGCGCCCGGGGCGGGCACGGGCGGGCACACCAGGCACGGACGCUAUAAAUUAAAUCUAUUUUUC